UUUUAUAGCCAUUUUAUUUUGAAACUUCAGACCGGGGCUUUGGGGUUUUAAUCCCGGCAGCUUAAUAUUGCUGCGAGCGAGCAGGCGGAGAGGAACGGCAUCUAAAAACCGACUUGGAAAAACUACUUAGCGUGCUCCUGUCUUGGCCUUGAGGAGGCACCAGCAUGAGUCAGGAGUUACCGGAGUCUGACAGAGACUCCGCGCAGGAUGUCUCCGACUUCAACUGGGAUGACUACCUGGAGGAGACGGGAUCCGUUUCUGUGCCCCAUCACGCUUUCAAACAUGUGGACCAGGGCCUGCAGACUGGACUGACUCCGGGCAUGAAGCUGGAGGUGUGUGUGCGCUCAGAAGCCGACAGUCCUUACUGGGUGGCCAGUGUCAUCACCACAUGUGGCCAGCUGCUGCUCCUGCGCUACGAGGGUUACCAGGAUGACAGGCGUGCAGACUUCUGGUGUGACAUCAUGGCCGCAGACCUCCACCCACUGGGCUGGAGCCGCCAGCAUGGGAAGACCAUGAGGGCCCCUGAAGGUGUGCGUGAGAAGCAUCAGGACUGGGAGGCUGUUCUGGAGAAGGCCCUGGCUGAGGAGUGCAGUGCGCCUGCCAAACUGCUGGAAUUGCCGCAGCGUGGCAGAGACCCGGUGGAGCUCCUGUCUGCAGGCUGCUACGUGGAGCUGCAGGACAAUGUGGACCCGGGGCUGGCCUGGGCAGCUGAGGUGGAGGAGAAUGUCGGAGGGCGGCUAAAGCUUCGCCUUAUAGGCACAGAGGGCCUACCCGACACACCCGCAACCCUCUGGCUUUUUUACCUCCACCCACGCCUCCACCCACCAGGCUGGGCCGCAGAGCAUGGCUGCACCCUCAGGCCUCCCUCAGACCUGUUGGCCCUGAGGACAGAGGAAGAGUGGGAGGAGGUGCGACAGAGGAUCAGUGACCUGCCACAGGAUGAAGCUCUGACUGCAGAGUUCAGUAAGGAUCAGCCUGCCAUCGCUGCUCAUUGUUUCAAGGAAGGUAUGAAACUGGAGGCUGUUGACCCUGUUGCUCCUAUUUCCAUCAGGCCUGCCACUGUCACCAAGGUGUUCAAUGAGCAGUACUUCCUGGUGACAAUGGACGACCUCUGUGGUAUUGAGGAGUCUGAGGGUGCUGGAAGGUCUUUUCUGUGCCACAGAGACAGUCCAGGGAUCUUCCCUGCCCAGUGGAGCCUCAAAAACGGACUGCCUCUCAGCCCCCCAGCAGGUUACCAGGGUCCAGACUUUGACUGGGCAGAUUACCUGAAACAGUGUGAGGCAGAGGCAGCUCCUCAGCAUUGCUUCCCAGCUGAGCAGUGUGAGCACUGCUUCAAAGAGGCCAUGAAACUGGAGGCUGUCAACCCCCUGUCACCUGAGAACAUUCACGUGGCCACUGUCACUCGGGUCAAAGGGCAAUAUAUUUGGCUCAGCCUGGAAGGACUAAAACAGCCAAUGCCAGAGCUGAUAGUUCAUAUGGACUCACUGGACAUCUUCCCGAUCAGCUGGUGUGAGACAAAUGGCUAUCCGCUCAUCCACCCCAUCAAACCCACAGUGGAAAAAGAGAAGAAGAUCGCCGUGGUGCAGCCUGAAAAACACCGAACUUCACCCAAGUCCUCAUCACCUGAUGCUGUCCGACAGCAGAUGGGCUUCCAGUCAGAGACAGGACAGGGGAAUGGAAAAUACUGCUCUCCCAAGAUCUACUUCAACCACCGCUGCUUCUCUGGACCUUACCUUAACAAGGGCCGCAUCGCAGAGCUGCCUCAGUUCAUCGGCCCAGGGAACUGUGUCCUGGUUCUCAAAGAGGUACUGACCCUGUUGAUAAACUCAGCAUACAAACCCAGUCGUGUGCUGAGGGAGUUGCAGCUGGACCAGGAGAGCCGCUGGCAAGGCCAUGGAGAGACACUCAAAGCCAAGUACAAGGGAAAGAGUUACCGGGCCACGGUGGAAAUAGUUCGCACUGCAGACCGCGUAGCAGACUUCUGCAGGAAAACUUGCAUCAAAUUGGAGUGCUGUCCCAACCUGUUUGGACCUCGUAUGGUUCUAGACCACUGCUCAGAGAACUGCUCUGUCCUCACCAAGACCAAAUACACAUAUUACUAUGGAAAGAAGAAGAGUAAACGUGUGGGCCGUCCACCGGGUGGCCACUCCAACCUCGAGGGCGGAGUGAAAAGAAGAGGCAGGAGGAGGAAGAGGAGGAAGCAGCUCUUUGUGCAUAAGAAGAGGCGAUCCUCGGCGUCAGUAGACAACACACCCGCGGGAUCUCCUCAGGGCAGUGGAGAGGAAGAAGAUCUGGAUGAAGACGACUCGCUGAGUGAAGACUCUGGCUCAGAGCUGCAGGACGAUCUUCAAGAUGAUUCUGAACAAUCGUUUGGGAAGUCUCAGCCCACCACUCCGUCCCCUUCCCCUCCAGCAACACCCAGGCCCAGCCGCCGGCGUCGGAAACCCCGCUCACCCUCAUUCUCUGAUGAUGAGAACAGACCUCCUUCACCAAAGACCUCAAAGACUGAGCCCCCUCAGAAAUUGUGUUUGGACACAAGCCCCCUGGAGUGGAGCGUUACUGAUGUGGUUCGCUUCAUCAGGACCACCGACUGUGCACCUCUUGCACGGAUUUUCUUGGAUCAAGAGAUUGACGGGCAGGCGCUGCUGCUGCUGAACCUCCCAACAGUGCAGGAGUGUAUGGACCUGAAGCUGGGACCAGCAAUCAAGCUGUGCCACCACAUUGAAAGAGUCAAGCUGGCAUUUUAUCAACAGUUCGCCACGUAGCUGACGGGGAAGGAACAGGGACUUGAUCACAUCCUGAACUGUUUAUAAUCCUGUGACAUAACACUGUAUUUUCCUCAAUCUGGCUUUUAUAACACUGGACCUCCUUAACAAUCCUCACAUCACGUCAUGUCCGUGAAGACAAGUUUCUGUCGCUUGGAAAAUUAACAAAGAAAACAGAAGACCUUCAUAGGAUCAAAAAAAGUUCAGGUGCUCUUCAGCAAAGGCACAAGGGGGGACUGAAAAACAAAAGAAUUCAAGAAAAUGUUAUGCCAUAAAAUGUAAUGCAUUGAUUAAAUCCAUUCAAUAACAAUGCAAAAACAAAGCCCUUAUAAAGGCCUUGCAUUCACACACAUGAAACACUUUUAUUUCUAGCUUGGUUUAAAAAAAGGUGUUUUAAAUUAUUUGUGACUGCUGAGAUAAUUCUCAUGUUUUUAAUACGAUAAUUCCCUUCCUGUUUCUUUAGGGGGAAUAGUGACUAAGCACCUGUUCUAAAACUACAUCCUAAUGCUCUGUGUUUUUAUGAUGUUCAGUCUGCACUUCUGUCUGUCAAAGCUAAUACCUCUACAUACUAAGAUCUAUCAAAUUUGUGUCUUGUCAACAUUUGCCAUUAUCUUCCACUGUCAAAACUGAAGUAAUCUUGCUCAAAUCUGGUGAAGUAUAGUUUUGCUUUAAAAAAUGGGCAAUGUUAGUGGUGCAUGAACACAGCGUAUAUCAACUUACGUACACUGAAGAACUUCAUCACAUUGUUUUCACAAUAUUCCUGUGUAGGAACAACAGAUUUGGAGCCAUUGUCUUAUAGGUUUCUUGGUUUAAGACAGUCAAUCAUUUCUCAAACAGCACCCAAAGAUGAAGCAAAGACUAAAGUAGUUGAAACACAAAAAAAAGAAAAUGUUUAAUUAAUGCAGUUUGCCUAUUUCUUAAAGCCUGAGGUAGUAUUCAACUAUAUAUACUGCUAAUAUAUUCCAACAAACAGUCAUAGUGAAUUGUUGCAUGAAAGCAGUCUGAGUUUAGUUUGAACAUUAAAUAUUUAAACUGUACUCAUCACACCAUUUCCACACAUCGUGCUGUAGAUACAAUUUCCUUUACAGAUGCAAAGGGGUCCAUUUUCUAAAGCAAUCAAAUUGCUUUCUUGUUCAAGCUUCUACAAUGUGUAAGAGCUGUGACAGUUUACAUUGAUUCUGUAUGAAAGCACAAGAAAACCAUGUACUAUAUGGUUUUAUGCAAAUAACUGCAUGUUUGUAUAUAGUGUAUAUAAUCGAAUGUCUUCUAGUGCAACAGGGUGAUCAGAAAGAAAAAAAAAUAUUGAGCAAAUAACUUUCAGCAUAAGCAAUGUGUAAAUCUUAAACAUACAGUAUAUUUGCACACAAUAGACUUAAACUUUCUCAUGGAGAUAUAGUUUGAACAAAUUCAGCUACAGUGGAUUUCUUGAGCCGUUUCAUAUCAUUGAAUUGUCAUUAUUUUAACAGUAACCUUAAUAAAUUAAAGUUUAAAGCUAGAG